AAAUGUUCAUCUCAUGCCUGGAAGUUUUGGCUGGUCAGUGUCAACAAAGUAACUGUGCGCUAGUUCGCUUAAGUAAGCAGUUAGUGGAUUAGGAUGUUAAGACUAGCAUGGCGUCGGUCGACGUCCAAAAAUAGCCGUGUGGAGCCUGCGCGUCUUCUAACUGCAGCUUGUCGGCGAGGGGAGAGACCACAGCAGAGCUCUGGGAGCAACAUAAGGUGUUUCAGACCAUUUCCCCACCCACCAAGCGACAAGUCAGCGCUCCUCCAUCCCCCGCCGGCCUACUGUCUCAGUUCACCUGUCUUUAUGAGCAUGGCAUCAGGGGGUGAAGGGCCAUCAUCCUCCCCUCACAGACACACCAACAGGUUGGCAAAGGAGAGGUCGCCCUAUCUGCUACAGCAUGCACACAAUCCUGUGGACUGGUAUCCAUGGGGACAAGAUGCUUUUGACAAAGCAAAGAGUGAAGACAAACCGAUCUUUUUAUCAGUGGGCUACUCAACAUGUCACUGGUGUCAUGUCAUGGAAAGGGAGUCUUUCGAGGACGAGGAAAUUGGCAAAAUCCUUAGUGACAACUUUGUCUGCAUCAAAGUAGACCGAGAAGAGAGACCUGAUGUGGACAAGGUCUACAUGACCUUUGUGCAGGCAACAAGUGGAGGUGGAGGAUGGCCCAUGAGUGUGUGGUUGACCCCUGACCUGCGACCAUUCAUUGGAGGCACCUACUUUCCACCCAGAGACCACGCAAGAAGACCUGGGCUCAUAACAGUCCUCACCCGAAUCAUGGAUCAGUGGCAGAAUAACCGUUCUAAUUUGGAGUCCAGCGGAGACAGGAUCCUCGAAGCUCUGAAGAAAGGCACGGCCGUCGCUGCAAACCCAGGGCAGAGUCCUCCACUGGCUCCAGACGUCGCUAAUCGCUGCUUCCAGCAAUUGGCCCAUUCUUACGAGGAGGAGUACGGAGGCUUCAGAGACGCUCCCAAGUUCCCCACACCAGUGAAUCUGAUGUUCCUCAUGUCUUACUGGUCUGUGAAUCGAUCCACCUCAGAGGGGGUUGAGGCUCUCCAGAUGGCCUUGCACACACUCCGCAUGAUGGCGCUGGGAGGCAUCCACGACCAUGUUGCACAGGGUUUUCAUCGUUACUCCACAGAUUCCUCCUGGCACGUUCCCCACUUUGAAAAGAUGUUGUAUGACCAGGCUCAGCUGGCUGUAGCCUAUAUAACUGCCUCACAGGUAUCAGGUGAGCAGUUGUUUGCAGAUGUGGCUAAGGACAUACUGGUCUAUGUCUCCAGAGACCUGAGUGACAAGUCUGGGGGCUUCUACAGUGCAGAGGAUGCAGACUCUGUCCCAGCAUCAGGGGGACCAGAGAAGCGUGAGGGGGCUUUCUGCGUCUGGACAGCCUCAGAAGUUCGGGAGCUUCUGCCAGAUGUGGUGGAGGGCGCCACUGGAUCUGCCACACAGGCGGACAUCUUCAUGCACCACUAUGGGGUCAAGGAGCAAGGCAACGUUGAUCUAGAACAGGACCCCCACGGGGAGCUGCAGGGCCAGAAUGUGCUGAUCGUGCGUUAUUCAGUGGAGUUAACGGCUGCUCGCUUUGGCAUCAGUGUCGGGAAAGUCAACGAGCUGCUGGCCUCCGCUAGAGGCAAAAUGGCAGAAGUGAGGAAGAGUCGGCCACGCCCACAUCUGGACACCAAGAUGUUGGCCUCCUGGAACGGUCUGAUGCUGUCGGCCUAUGCUCGUGUUGGAGCCGUGCUGGGGGACAAGGCCUUGCUGGAGAGGGCGGAACAGGCUGGCAACUUCCUUAAACAGCACCUAUGGGACGCUGAGCGACAGACCAUCCUCCGAUCCUGUUACCGUGGAGACAAAAUGGAAGUGGAACAGAUAUCUCCGCCUAUUUCUGGCUUCCUGGAUGAUUAUUCCUUCAUCAUUUGUGGCUUGCUGGACCUGUAUGAGGCCACGUUGCAGACUGAUUGGCUGAAGUGGGCAGAGGAGCUGCAGGUCAGGCAGGACGAGCUGUUCUGGGAUGAGCAGGGUGGAGGUUACUUCUGCAGUGAUCCCAGUGACAGCACUGUGCUGCUGCAGCUCAAAGAAGAUCAGGAUGGAGCAGAGCCCAGUGCUAACUCAGUGUCAGCGUCCAACCUCCUGCGUCUGUCCCACUACACUGGAAGACAGGAGUGGCUCCAAAGAUCCCAACAGCUGCUGGCAGCCUUCUCCGACCGUCUCACCAGGGUCCCCAUAGCCCUGCCUGAAAUGGUGCGGGCUCUUAUGGCCCAGCACUACACGCUUAAACAGAUCGUGAUCUCUGGCCAAAGGGAUGCCCCGGAUACCACGAGUCUUCUAGCAGCAGUCAACUCUCUCUUCCUGCCACAUAAGGUCUUGAUGCUUUUAGAGGGCGAUGCAGAGAGUUUCCUCUGCCAGCGUCUGCCUGCUCUCUCCUCCAUGUCACAGCAGGGCGGUGCGGCCACAGCCUACGUCUGCCAGGACUUUACCUGCUCUCUGCCCGUCAACGACCCUCAGGAACUACGCAGGCUACUCCUGGACGGGCACACGCAGACACAGACAGAAUGACCAACCCAGUAUUGACUGACACGGAUAUUUAACAGAAAGGUCGUAAUCUUCGAAGACCUCCGGUCUGCAGCCCCUUAGCCUAGCUGAUUUUUUUCCUCUCUUUGGCUUGUGAAGUCUGGCUUUACAUUUAAAAAAUGCCAUUGCUUAAAAAGUCUAUAUGCUACUUUAAUAGGAGUAGUUGCCAUGAGGUUACCUAAGAGGUCCUCUGUUAGUCGUUCACGACUCUAAUUUCAGAGCAGAGGUAGACUUUUAUUACCUCAUAUACCAACACAAGUUUUACCUUAGCAGGCUUUUAGAGGCAGUUGAUCUGUUGAGCUAUGUUUAAAUUCAGGUGUACAAAUGUUCUUGUCAGGAAAUUCUCACAGCAGCAGUGCCAGCCUACUGAAAAUAUGUAGCACUUGUAUGUCUAAAAUGUCCUGGCUUGACUGUUAUCCAAGAAGUAAACCACAGACUCUUAACUAGACCAUAACCUAAGACCACUUGGAUGAAUUGGACCGACACUGUUUUGCAGAUGAACCCAUCUGUCCUGUCGUCUUCUCCCUAGCCCUGUGUUCCAGCUCCCACAUUCAUGUCACAUGGAUCUGACAGUGAAGGCCUGCAUGCCUGUGUGUGUGUUUGUGUGUGUGAAGGGCUGGUGUGCAGGUUCGUAUGUACCACUGUACAUAAAUUUUAAAAGUUUAUCGUGUGUGCGUUCGACUUCAUUUGCUGUGGCGUCACAGUGAGCAAGUUAACGAGCUUCCGUUUACCAUCUGCUCUCACCCUCGUUUAUCUGUCUGUUAACUCAAAUUCACCACAACGUGAGAUGAACCUUCUCCGCUGCUGCAAGAUUUGUCUCGUGGGUUUUAGACAACACAACGAAAAUACACAUGUAUACACGCAACCCUGAAUAAUAAAGAUACUUCUCUUGUAA